GCCCAUUGCAGAUCCGAGAAGACAGGCAAGGCAGCAGAUUCAACGGAAUUGUUCUCCUCAUUUGAAACCGACAGAAAGUCGGAAUCAUGUUUGAAAUUCGAUCAAACAAUGAUGGCUUUACAACUCUUGGUCAAAUUGAUCAAAGUGGUGAUCUCCAGGAGUUAACAGAUCACAUUCAAAAUAUAAAGAACACAACACCACAGCCUCUCCUCAAGUUCCAGAAAGGAGAACCCGAAGCUCUUGGAGUGGCUCAGGUAUUUUCAGGAGCAUUUCACAUUAUUUUUGGUGUUGUUUUUUGUAUGUUUGUGGAUGAUGAUUACAGAUUUGCCUUGUUCAUCCUCUCCGGUUUACCUUUUUGGUCUGGAGUAAUGUAUAUUAUUUCUGGAUCACUAUCAAUUCGUGCUGCACUGAAACCAACAUUAGGGCUGGUGAGAUCAAACCUUGUUUUAAACAUCAUAAGCUCAGUUGCUGCAGGUAGUGCAAUUGUAUUGUUUGUAUUUGCAAUCGGUCAACAUGAAACUGGAUUCAUUUCCACCUGUUCCUAUUAUAAACCAUCUGUUAACUGUGAAGGCAAUUUUAACCCUCAGCCUGUUGUACAAGGAAUUGUGGUACUGCUAUUUAUAUUGACAUUAUUGCAGUUUUGUAUCACAAUAUCCACAUCUGUUUUUGGAUGUAAAGCUGUGUGCCGAACGUCCUAUAAAGAAAUGACUGUAAUAAUUUAUCAAAACCCAGAGAUAAAUAUUGGAGAUAACACAGCCACUGCUGAUACUACUGCUUCAACAACAGAAGAAUUUUAAACUCCUCAAUAAUGAGGUCUCUUCCAGGGAAAGCCAAAUAUAAAAAAAUACUUCUCAAAACAUCAGUACCAACAUUUUGUAUGGACUGCAUAUUGUAA